UUUUUUUAAUUCAUGGCAAAAUCAUAAAGAUCUAAAGUUAUGCGUAGAUGGAGAUCACUUAAAAGAGAACAUCUACAAAAUAUUAAAGUGAAUUAAGAUCUUCAUGAAUUAAAUUAAAAAUUAGAAGCAACCAUCCAAAAUGUAAAUCUCAUCAUUUUUACCUACUUUAGAGAUUUCAAAGACCUACCCAACCAAAAAAUAUGUUUCUACAUCCAAACGACCCAACCGCCUAGAUUCCUAAAAUAAAACCUUAACCUAUUAUUGAUUUUAGAAGCUAAUCUUUACCUUACACAGCCACUUAAUUUGUUGGGGCAAGAAGAAAGCCAGUUUAGGAAGUAGUUUUCAAACCAGAACCAGAAGUUGAAGAAGAAAUUGAAAUGGAUAAUCAACCAUAAAAUGAAUAGGUUUAACAUGAUGAAGCAGAUGAUUUGAUUAAUGCAAUGGAGGGAGUAAGAGUUAAAUCAAAAAGAGAAAUCAGAAGAGAAAAUAAAGCCAGAGCUAUGGAAGAGAUUAUUCCCUUAACAAAAAAUAAAGAAAUCAAAAAAAGUAGAAGAAAGGAAUUACCAGCAAGAAAAUCAAAAAGAAUAAUUACCUUUUGAUUAAUGUUUAUAUAAAUGUAUUUAUAUACAAUCACAAAAAU